UUCCUGGUGGACACCCUCAACUUCUCCUUCUGGUCCGAGCAGGAGGAGCAGAAGUACCUGGUGAAGUACAAGGGUAAAACGUACAGCGGCUACUGGUCCCUCUGCGCCGCCGUCAACAGGGCGCUUGACGACGGAAUACCCAUUACCAGUGCAUCAUAUUUUGCCACCAUGACGCUUGACCAAGUUAGGCAUGUGUUUCGCUCUGACACAGAAGUGCCCAUACCUUUGAUUGAAGAAAGACAUCGGGUGCUGAAUGAAAGUGGAACAGUUCUGUUAGAGAAGUUUGGAGGCUCUUUCCUCACUUGUGUUAAAAUGAGUGAGAAAAGUGCUCAGAAACUACUACGUCUAGUACUGGAAAAUUUUCCUUCUUACAGAGAUGAAGCUGUAUUUGAGAAAAAAAAGGUGUCUUUCUACAAACGGGCACAAAUACUCGUGGCUGAUACAUGGAGUGUAUUAGAAGGCAAAGGAGAUGGCUUUUUUAGUGACAUUUCUAGUCUGACUAUAUUUGCUGACUACAGAAUUCCUCAAGUUCUUGUUCACUUAAAAGCAAUGAAGUAUUCUGACGAACUAAUGAAGAAACUACGUGAAG